AUGAUCGUGGAGAGUCUGCGAUUUAGCCAUAUCGAGGAGCGCCAAAGUACUAUCCCGGAAGCACAUAAGAAUACCUCCAAGUGGAUCCUCGAGGGCAACAAGGCCAGUUCCAAUCAAUGGCUCGUGAACGCAGAGAAAUCCAUUUAUUGGAUCGCCAGCAAGGAAGGUUCCGGUAAAUAUAGCCUGAUGAAGUCUAUUCACGACCAUAUAAACUUCAAAAGUGGCGUUCGCUUCUGGGUCAGAGGUCGAAGACUGGUUUCGGCCAACCGUUUCUUCUGGAACGCUGGGACGGUCAUGCAGCAGUCGUAA